UUAAAGUACUUUAAAAUGAAUAUUUUCUAAAUUUAUUGUAUUGAUGGCAAAAAAAACAUACGCAUAAUGCGCCCCAGUACAAAAUUUAUAAUUGAAGUUAUUUUUGGUGUAUUUUGCCUUUUUAUUUAUUGUGAAUACAUUAUUUAUUAUCUAGUUUUAAAGAAUUGCGAAUGGCCUGAGUUAGACCCAAAAAACGAAGAUCCAACAAUUAAAAAUAACGACCAAGAUCCUGUUAAAAUUAUGGUCAUUGCUGAUACGCAUUUAUUGGGUUCCCGAAAGGGGCACUGGUUUGAUAAAUUACGAAGGGAAUGGCAAAUGCAUAGGGCAUUCCAAACAGCAAUGACGUUACACAAACCCGAAUUGGUUUUUGUGUUGGGUGAUUUAACUGAUGAGGGUUUAUACUGCAGCAGUGCUGAAUUUGAUUAUUAUGUUAAAAGGUUUUAUAGUUUAUUUGGGGUACCGGAAGGUACUAAACUGCAUGUAGCAGUUGGUAAUCAUGACAUAGGUUUUCAUUAUGGUGUUAGCCCAUAUUUGAACCAAAGAUUUGUGACAGCUUUCAAUUCCGCAGCCGUUCAAUUAAUCUCUUUAAGGGGGGUUCAUUUUAUCCUUGUUAAUAGUAUGGCAUUGGAGGGUGAUGGUUGUUUUCUUUGUAAACCAGCCGAACAGCAGUUAAACAAAAUAGAAAGGAUUUUACAGUGUUCAAAAGGAAAGUAUUUUGAAAAAUGUGAUAAAAAAAACAGGUUGGAUGUAUACAGCAAGCCUAUAUUAAUGCAGCAUUAUCCAUUAUACAGACAAUCAGACAUGGAAUGCGAGGAUUUUGAUGCAGCUCCGUUUCCGAUAAAACACGAAAUAUUCAGGGAAAGAUGGGAAUGUCUUAGUCAUGAAGCAACAUUACAAAUUUUGAACCAAAUAAAACCAAGGUUGGCGCUUUCUGGGCACACCCAUCAUGGGUGCACAAGGAAGUUACCUGUUGGUGAAGGCUUGGAGAUUACCAUACCAAGUUUUAGUUGGAGAAAUAAGGAAAAUCCCAAUUUUGGAAUGGGUGUUUUUUCAUCCAACAACUAUGCCUUUACGAAGUGUCAAAUGCCAAAUGAAUCAUCAGUUAUAAAUUUGUAUAUGCUUGGUUCUUCAUUUUUAAUGCUUUGGAUUAUAUAUUCAUUCUUCUUUAGAGUAAGAUCCAGGAAAUAUAAGUAUCGCUGACGACGCUUUAGUCUAUGGGAAUAGGUUUUAUUGUUUUAUUUAAUUUUUAUUAUAUCUUUAGACAAAGGCUAAGUAUAAAAAUAUACCUACAGUUCAAAUUAAAACAUUAUGUUAUAACCAUUACCUUUAUUGGAGAGACUGAAAAAUAGGAUGUUUUAUAUAUUUCUAAUUUUUUUUUGGAGAGACUGAAAAAUAGGAU